AUGCCCAUCCCACUCAAAGAUACGCCGAAUGAGGCCGAUUUGGAAAGGUCUGGAAACAUCAACGCCCUUCGGCGCGAACGCUGGCGUCUCUGGGAGAAUGAAAAAUCGAAUGUCAAGGCCGAUUUUAAUAUCUAUAGCCUUGUCCAGACGGAGGUCAACCUUCGGGAGAAUAUUCAGCGGGAGAUGGCCCUCGAACACAAGCUGGCAGCCUGUCAAAAGGAACUCGCCACCAAUCCAAGUCUCAAUCUUGUCACUCGUGUUCGAGACUUGGAUGCGGAGAUCUCAAAGCUAAAUGAAAACUAUUGCCGCCUGGAACAGAGAUGGUCGUCGGCCAGGGCUUCAUUCCCGGAAGGCCCGUUAACCCGAGGAAUCGAAUUAUGGCGAUCACACCCAAGGUGGUAUAUGCAUCGCGAGUUAUGA